GGGAAAUUAAAACUCCUCAAACCGGCAAGCGGUUAACACAUUUCUAAGAGGGGAGUUGAGACUGUGCGGGUAUUAGUUCGAGCGCAGGGAGCGCUCUGCCUUUCCGACUGGGCGGAAAAGUCGGAUCUGUUAGAGACGUCUGACAGAUUAUAGGCGCGCCAAAGGGUAUCCACAGAGAAGGAAACAGCAAAUAUGGGAAAGUCUCAGAGCAAGCUUGUUGAAUAUGAUACACCGGUAUAUUGGCAAAUGAAAAAAAGGUAUAUGGCCAGAAAUGCAUGCAAGAUAUGGGGAAAUUAAUUAAAUACCAUGGUUUUCCAAAAGAGGGAACGUUGAGUGUUAAGAGAUUAAAAGAUGUGAAGGAAUCAGUAGAAGAGGGAAGCGAGAGACAAAAAGGGUGUUGUGUGAAACAUAUGUGUGAGAAGUGUGAGCAAACGGUGAAUUGUUGGAUAGAGGAAGCAGAUAGGAGAGAGAGAAGAGCGAUGCAGAAAGAAUUAGCAGGUAGAAGAGAGGAAAAGAAAGUUGAAAAAUGUGAAGAAAAAGUAAAUGCAUCAUACAGAUCUACUAACAACUCUGAUAUUUCUGUUUCCAAACAUGCACCACCGGCUUAUCCUCACUAUACCGUGGCGGAGCUGCAAGCCAUGAAAAUGGGCCCUGACCUCGACUGCUCUCCACCGAAAAAGACCAACAGCGCCGUGGGCAGAACCAGAAUGGAGACGAGAAACAGAGGAAGAACCAGAAAUUAUUCCUGAAACCCCCAAUGAAGAAAUUGAAGAGGAAAUAGUGCGCAGAGCAACGCCGACAAAGAAAAGAAAAACAAGACAAACAGUGAAAGAAGAAAAUGUGAGUGUAACAGCUCCAAUGCUUGAAGUAUCUGGUCCUGAGGGGCCUAUUAUGGUCUUCAGACCAUGGACUGUGACUGACAUGAGAGAAGCGAUGGCUCACUUGCCAAGCCCUGACGAAGCAGGUGAUAAAUUUUCUACGGAAUUAGUCACCUUCUGCCAAGAGUUCAGCCCAACCGUGCACGAACUGAGAAGGCUGCUGGCAGUAAAACUGGGGGCUACGAGCUGGCAUAAAGUGAGUGGAAAGCUGCAGAAAGAAGACUGUCGGAGAGAACACUGUGAAUGGGGACACCGAGAUAAUGCAGACUACCGCAGAGCUGUGGAAGAACUGGCUGAAGCUAUAAAAACAGCAUUUCCAGCGCGUGUGGACACAGCGAAGAUUGGCAACUGCUGCCAGAGCAGAGAUGAGUCUGUUCAGGACUAUUACAACCGCCUGUAUCUGAUUUUCAACAAACACAGCGGGUUAGAGGAACCAGAUGAGCGAGGAAAUCAGCCUGACACAUGGGAGUGUCAUCUGCGGAGCUGGUUCUUGAAUGGACUGAGACCUGAAAUCGCGCAAGCGGUAAAGACCAGCUACAUCGAAUGGAAAAGUGGACGGCUAUCUGCUGUUUUAGCACACGCUUUGCAUGCAGAGGAGAUACAAACAGCGAAGAAGGAAAGAGCUAAAGCCAAAACCGACAGAGAGUGGCAGCUGGCGGUAGUGCAAGCAGUGUCGAAGCCUGGGGGCUAUUCUGCGCAGCGAAACCAGCAAGCAAAAGGGGGAAGAGGAAAAAGACCAGGAGGAAGAUAUCCGAGUGAGACUGAAAGGAAUUAUGAGAGAUGGGGUUGUUGGAUCUGUGAGACUAAUGAACACGCGACCUACAAGUGUACAAGAUGCAGACUGUGCAAAAAGGACGGUCAUUGGGCAAAGAAUUGCCCGGAGGACCGGCAAAAUCAAGAAGCAGACUGAAGCAAGGUAGACGGAGAGCAGAGAGGAGGGGUCCAGGGCGAGCAGCCAACAGCCACAAGUAAAAGCUGCUCAGGGGAAAGUUGCUGAGACUCCGUUACAUGACCUAAAACCAGGAGAUUUCGUGGUGGUACGAGACCUGAGGAGAAAGAGCUGGAAGGCGAAAAGGUGGCUGGGACCGUUCCAGGUGCUUCUGACCACUCACACGGCUGUGAAGGUAGCGGAGAGAGCAACGUAGAUCCACGCCAGUCACUGCAGAAAAGUUCCACCUGCAUCUCAGGAAGAGGAGCGGAGGGAGUAAAAUUUGAAGACACACGUCAACAAAGGC